AUGAAGAUGCGUCUCCCCAACAUCCUGGCUACGGCAUCGUUGGCCGCUGCAGUGCCCACUGCCGACAGUAGCAGCAACAAACGUCAAGACAAAGGACUGAGCUUUGGUGCUUGCACUGACCGCCUCACCGAGGACACUCCACUCGAGUGUGCCAGCUUGAAUGUGCCACUAGACUACACGGACGACUCUUCUACCGACGAGAUCAGAAUCGACAUUGUUCGCGUGCCCGCUGCCAAGAGCCCGUCCAAGGGCAGUGUCUUUGUCAACUUUGGCGGACCUGGCGCGCCGGGUAUCCAAGAUCUCGGCCUGUUUUACCCCCAGCUCUCCGCCCUCACUGGCGAGCAGUAUGACCUGGUCAAUGUCGUUCCCCGCGGCACAAACGGCACACUGCCAUUCUCAUGCUACAGUUCCGAUGAGGCGAGAGCCUAUGGUGGCUAUUCGAUCAGCGGAAACUCGAGCGACGUGUCCCUGGGGUACUUGUGGGCUAAGGCAGACCUUUUUGCACAGAACUGCGCAGUGGUCAUGAACGAGACUGGUCGCUACAUCGGCACGGCUGCCACUGUCCGGGACCUCUUCCAGGUGGUCGACGAGCUUGAGGAGGAUGGCAUGCUACGAUACUACGGGACCUCCUACGGCACCCUACUGGGCUCGACUGCUGCAGCCAUGUUCCCGGACCGUAUCGACAAGAUGGUCCUCGACGGCGUGGUCAACCCAAUGGAGUACUAUGCCAAUCGUGAGAUACAACUGCCUCUGGGAAUAGACGGCUCGUGGCAGGGUUUCCUACAUGGCUGCGUCGCCAACCCAGAUGCGUGUCCGCUCGCUGCUCUCGGUGACGCUGACAAGAUCGCGACCAAGCUCUUCGCAUGGCUAGAGCAACUCAAGUCACAUCCCAUUGUCGUCCCAGACCCCACGUCGCCGUUUGGCGGCAUCCUCUACGACUACAGUCUUGUAGAGGCUAUCAUUAUGGGUGGCUUCUACUUCCCGCCUCUAUUCCCACAAGUGUCCGCGCAGAUCUAUGCUCUCUAUGCCGGCGACGAGCACGAUCACAGUAAGCUCAGGGCCCUCGUCAAGCGCUUCGCUCCUGGUGCGGCCCAGGUAGGUAUGGACGAGCCCAAAGCCGACGACGAAGCCUGGGUGGCCAACGACCACGAAGCUCUUUGGGGCAUUAAGUGCUCCGACGUCCUGCAGCAGAACAACUUCAAAGAGAUGCUGACUGUUUUCGAGGGCCGCGUGAGGAACUCGCGCUUUGCGGACGUGGCUCACAACACGCCUGCCCGUUGCGCGCAGUGGCACAUGCCCGCCGUCGAGCGCUACGAAGGCCACUUUCAGUUCAAGCCCAACUUCCCCAUUCUCAUGGUGGGCAACACCCAUGACCCCGUGACGCCGCUCGAGUCUGCUAGGAAUCUCAGCAAGACCAUAGACGACAGUCACCUGAUUCAUCAAGACAGCUAUGGCCAUGGUCUGCUUGUCCAGGUUGGUAUGUGCGCGGCAAAGGCCGUGCGGGCUUACUUUGUCGACGGCGACCUGCCACAGGAGAAGGAAGUCAAGUGCGCUGUUGAGGUUGAGCUCUUUGACGGGAAGUUUGGCUGGGAGGCCGUCCUUCCGGAGCUGACGGGCAAACCCGCCAACGGCACCAACACCACUGUAGGCGCGCGGGUGCUUAAGCUAUGA